UAUUUUCAGAGGGGGAAACCCAUAUAAUUUGUAAGAUUUAAUGUUCAAUUUAAUAUGGUAAACUCGUAUAAGGUUCAUUGUGAUCUCGAAUAUAACAUAAUAUUACGUAGUUUAUAGAUAGAAUAUGUAUCUUAAAAAGUGCAUUCAUAAAUUUCAUAUCUUACAAAUGAACUACCAAUUUUAAGAUUACUUGUGUUAUGGCGUACGUGUAUCAUAGAAUAUGUUAAAGAGUCAAUAUGCGUCUGGACGAGGAUAUCACACUGUAUAAAAAACGAUGUUAACCUAGUUUAUUUUUCACCCUGGGCUAGAAGUGGCAAAUUAAACGACUGAUAUAAUCAUAUAAGUGUAGAUUAACUAUCUACAUAAUACUCACGUUAUAUGAAGAGUCAAUGUUCAUCCAGACGCGCAUUAUGUGAAUAGGCAAUGUACAUUGAGACGAAAAUAUCACAGUUGUUUACCUUAUUUUUAAUUCUUAGCCUGGUUUAGGAGGGGCAAAACAAACACUUUACAUAGGUGUAUGUAUGUAUAUAUCGAGCCAAAAGGACUAAGAGUCUAUUCUCUACAACUUAAAUUCAGUUUAGUUCAGAACCUAAUUUCCCUCUCUUAUAAAAUAUUCAUUUCAGUUUAAUUCAGCUUCAAUCAGUUCAUUUCAAUAAAUCAGAACAAGUAUUAAGUUAAUAAUUUGAUGUUGCUGAUUAUAUAUAUUUUUUCAUCAAAUUUAAAAAUCGAUCUACUUUUGAUAAUUAAUGACUUAAUUUUUACAUUAAUUGAAAUGAAGUACACCCUUCUCAUCCUAAUAGUCACCCAUCAAGUUAAAUAACCGAAAACUCCAACAACACAACAACCACCCCCCAAAAAAAAAAACCCCAAAAAAAAAAAAAAAAAAAAAAAAAACAAUUGUCACCUCUACAAACGAGAUACAUAAGUUUAGAUUAUAUUAUACUUCAAAUUUCACUAAAGCAAUAAGUAAAAACUUCUAUUAAAGUAAUAAACUCAGUUACUCACCCCAAAUAAAUACAGUAGUUCGUGAAGCACAACUCUUGUUUAAACGAGAAGCCAACAACAGCAAGUAUAGUUAUGUCCUUUGAGAAUCAAAGAGAUUUUCAUCUCCUAAAUUCAGGAGUACGUGUUUCUCUUUUGUACAUUCUUAAGGACUUUGGAAUAGUUGGAAUGAAAAAACAUGGGCCAAGUUUAAAUCUUACAUAAGCACUAUGAUCAUGGCUGUAAUGGGAGCUGCACUUGGUGCUGGUAAUCCCUGGUGUUGGUAGGAAGAUGACCGAUAAGCUGGGAAGAAAACUAACAAUCUUAGUUGUCGACAUUUUGUUCUUGAUUAUUGCAGUGAUCAUGGCACUUGCUCCUGCCUAUUGGGUUAUCAAUCUCAUCGUGAUGGGAAGAAUGUAUGGUAGUUAGGAGUUGGAUGGCAUCCAUGGCUUUGCUGCCCUUUUCUUUGUACAUACCAAAUUACCAGGAACUUCUCCUUAUAGUAUUAGAGGGUGCCCUGUUAGCACUAAUAAUUUGUUGAUCACUGGAGGCCACUUCUUGUCUUACCUAAUUACCUUAGUAAUCUUGGUUACACUCAAGUUUGGAAACCCAAACAUCAGAAACAAGUUUAUUGGAAGCCACACACAUAUACCUGCCCAUAAAAAACAUAGAGUGAAGAUUAAUUCUCUUAAUUACAUGGCAUAAAAUCAGGCUUUAAAAUUUGAGGAAAUCUCUAACUUAAAGCUAGAGUACUCGAGGACACAAAAUUGCUCAUAUAGCAGUUCUGCAUUUUGAAAUUUUUGGCUUUCCCCCUGCUUUAGCAUUGAUUUAUGUAAUUGUUGUACAUUUCAUAAUGAUAUAUUUUUUCAGGCUUCAGCUGUUGUUUAUCUGUAUAUCGGUGGAUGGUCGAAACAAUUUAUUAUGUAACUAUUGCAGAAGCAGCCGAUUGAUGUUAUAUCGGUAUUCAAUUGAUAUAUUUUCCAGGUUAAUGCAUCUCUGGGAAGGCUGCAAUGCCUGCAUUGUUGCAGCUCAUUCUGAUUCUAUUUUUCCCAACUCACCUAGAUGUCUUUAUAGAAAGGUUUGGUUAAAAAGGGAAAAAUGUACUAGAUGAUACUUGACAAGUUGACAGAAAAAGCCCUGAUACAAGGAGCUUUUCUUUCUUCCUUUGAUCAAAAUAAGGUUGUUGAGGCUGAGGCUAUCUUGGCAAGAAUCCAUUGGGCUGAUUAAGUAGAGGACCUAAAAGAAAAUUGUAUGUAUAGUUUGAAGUUGAGUUGGCCUUGAAAACUAUUUAGAAGGGGGCUGAAAUCUGGGGCCUGUGAUAGUUGUUGAAAUAGCUCAAUAGAACAACAGCACAGCUAUGUAUGUCGUGACAGUCCUGUAAUUUUUUGACUAGAAGGAUUCAUGUCAAAAAGCAUCACUAUGGACCUUGGCUCUUUCUCUCAUAACUUCUGGUCACUCUAAUGUACUUGGAUCAUUUCCUCGCAUAUUUGUUAAUAUUUGAUAGGGCUGGUAGGAGAAAGCUAUUGAUCAAUUCUAUGUUUACAACAAUUUCUGCUUUAAUGUCUUAGCGGGUUUAUUUCAUCAUUUUGCUAAAACUGUUCCUAAGCUAUUAUAAUCUUCUUAUUAAUCAUUUUAAAGUAUUUAAAAUUAAUAAUAAAAUCAUUUUAGUGUCUAUUCUUCUUCUCAUGCUUAUGUAGCCGCUUCAAAUGCAGGGUCUUGGAGCUCUAUGAGUUGCUUUAUAAUGGCCUCAGAUUGCGCAUUUUCUGUCAAUAAAAAUAAUUAGACUCUGUAAGGGAAUGCUAGCAGUCCUAUUCUUAGGAGCACAUUGAUUUUAUGCUUCGAGUAUGGCAACUGUACCACUGUCCACAGAUCAUGAUUUUGGUGAUUUACCUGUUGUGAUAAUGAGGAAUUGAGGGAAGUACCACUGCGGUCACUAGCUGGUCUGCUAAUCUUUUGGACUUUUACUGAACAAGACCUUUUUAACCUUAAACUGAGGUUCUUGGCUCUUGAGAAGAAAAAAGGGCAACAGAAGUGGCCAAGUAAUGGAAUGCAACUUGCAAGUGUGGGCACUGAGUCAUCUAUUAUUGUGAACUUCCAGUGAAACCAAUACUCUUGUGAACGCGUAGAGAAUAGAAAAGAAAAGGCAACAGCGAUUUUUGCUGAGUGAUUGCUGUCAGGAUGGGGAUUCUUUUCAGAAUUAUUGAGGAGCCAUAUUUGCAAUGACCACAGGUGGAGAAUAAAAAAGUGUUAGAGAGGGCUCAUCUGUCUUUAAGGGGUGUUCUUAGGGAAAGAGAUGAGCUGGGGAGGGGACUGGAUGUGUGGAGCAUGCCAAUACAUUAACUUCAAGAAGCGAGAGAUAUGCCAAAGCUGUGGAUUUUCUAAGUAUGGUGGGCAGGAUGAUGCCUCAGCAUAUGGACACAACACCGCCACCAACAGGACACAAGUGUUGGCAGGGGACUGGUACUGCCAGUCUAUGAACUGUGGGGCCCACAACUAUGCUAGCAGGACGACCUGCUACAGGUGCGGCGUGCAGAAACCUGAAUGUGCUCGUGGAUGCUGUGGAGCUAGCAAUGUCAUGUCCUCCUGUGCAGGGUAUGGUUCGGAGGCUACCCCUCCUGGAUGGAAAUCUGGUGACUGGAUUUGCACUGGACCAGGAUGUGGGAUGCACAAUUAUGCCUGCAGGAUGGAAUGCUUCAGCUGCAAGACACCGAGAAAUUUUGGAGGAAUGUACUAACAGAACUACCACAAAUCUGCUUCCUUAUCGUCGUUUAUGAGUCUUAAUAUCAUCGAUAAUGUAAUCAAACUAGCACUAACUAGGAAGUGCUUAGUCCCUGUCUGUAAUGAAGCUAUAUAAAGCUCUUGGAGACUAGCUUGUAAUUUGACUUGCAGAAUUAUAAAAUAUGAAGUAUUUAUAUAUAUAUAUAUAUAUAUAUGUAUCCCA